CCCCUGGGCACCCUUGCUUCGAAGACAGACGGCGCCUGCUUCCACCCCAGAGGCCCCAGAAAUGCUGCAACCCAGAACCCAGGCCCAGACGUGGAGGAGGAGGCAGCACCGCCAGGCCCCACCCAGAUGUGGUUCCCAUCCUUCCUCAGAUGUGCAGGAGACCCCCACCCCCAGCCUAACCAGACGUUCAGGAGCCAGCAGCAACAGGGACAGACUGGGGUUGCCGGUGCCCAGAUGUGGCAGAAGGGAAGGGGGAGGCACAGUGGUGUCCCUUCAGUGGGCGGCCUGGCGGCCCCGCCCAGACUACCCGGCAGAGGGAAGGGUAGCAGAAGUGCGGGGCCCAGGAGGUGCUGUGAGGCUGCCAGCUGACCCCUACCCUCCCACCUCUGCAGCUAUGUCCUACCCCGUGACCAGUCAGCCCCAGUGCGCCACCACCAGCUGCUACCAGACCCAGCUCAGUGACUGGCACACAGGUCUCACGGACUGCUGCAACGACAUGCCUGUCUGUCUGUGCGGCACUUUUGCUCCUCUGUGCCUUGCCUGCCGCAUCUCCGACGACUUCGGCGAGUGCUGCUGCGCGCCCUACCUGCCCGGAGGCCUGCACUCCAUCCGCACCGGCAUGCGGGAGCGCUACCACAUCCAGGGCUCCGUCGGGCACGACUGGGCGGCCCUCACCUUUUGUCUGCCCUGCGCCCUCUGCCAGAUGGCGAGGGAGCUGAAGAUCCGAGAGUAAGGAAGUUCCCUGUCUUCCCCGUCCUUUUCCACCAGUCUCGCCUCUGGCCUUCUCUGGCCACUCCUGGAAGAGACUGCCUUACCACCCCUGUCCCGCUGCCAGAAAUACACCCACAAUAAAAACCUGAAAACCAA